AUGGAGCAGUACACUGUUUUGAUUACCAGUGUAGAUAUUCGCACGUGCUAUAGUUUACGUUUGUCAUAACUCCGGAAUUAGCGAAAAUUGUUACAUUUUACUAUACUAUUAUUAUUUUCCGUUAUUUAAAUUGAUUCAACUAUUGUUUAUAAUUUGCUUAGAAUAAACUUGAAUACAAUUUUGUCUUACAUUUCAUUACGUUCUACAUUAAACCUAACCUAGCAUAUAAUUUGUAUUUGACACUUAUAAAUAAAAUUAUUGUUUCUGAUGUAAAUAGAUUUUAUUUUUCUUAAUAGUUAAAUAUUUAUAAGAAAGUAUAUGUUUAGAUUUUGUUUAAAUCGAUUUUAUAAACGAAAUAUGAGUAUUUUCACUCAAUAUUUAAAUCCUCUGAUUGGUACUAUUAGUUGGGAGGAAAAAGAUGAGAAUUAUGAUUAUCAUCAAGAAGUGGCCAGAUCUGCAUUUGCAGAUAUGUUACAUGAUCAUGAAAGAAAUCAUAAGUACUAUCUUGCGCUCAAAACUGCAAUUGAAAGAAAGCAUCAAAUGGGAGAAGAGGCAAAUGUACUCGAUAUUGGAUGUGGUACUGGUUUGUUAUCGAUGAUGGCUGUUAAAUGUGGAGCUGAUACUGUAACAGCAUGUGAGGUUUUUACAUCUAUGGCUGAAUGUGCCAUAAAAAUAAUCAAAGAAAACAGUUUCGAAGAUAAAAUUAAAUUAAUACAAAAGAGAUCUACAAAAAUGACAGUGGGAAAUGGUGGCGAUAUGCCUAAAAAAGCAAAUAUUUUAGUCACAGAAGUAUUUGAUACAGAACUUAUUGGAGAGGGGGCUCUUUCUACAUUUCAACAUGCUUAUGAAAAUCUACUUGAAGAAAAUAGUAUAGUCAUACCACAUAGUGCCACAAUUUGGGCACAAGUUGUUGAGAGUUCUGAUGUUCACGCAUGGAACACAAUACAACCAAUUAAAGACGAAAGUAGAUCUUUGUUAUAUACACCGCAUUGUGUAAAGUCAUGUUUUGGAGCAGCUGCAGUUCAUGAUAUACAGUUAACACAAUUUCCUCAUGAUGCAUUUAAACCUUUAAUACCUCCUCAACCUAUAUUUAGGUUUGAUUUUACUGGCAAAACACCUUUAUUAUAUGAUGAAAAAGUAUGUUUAAAUGUGAAGCCAACUUUAACUGGUACGGCACAUGCUAUUUUUAUGUGGUGGGAGUUGAACAUGGAUGUAGAUAAUCAGGUUCUUUUAAGUUGUGCACCUGUUUGGGAACAUCCUGACACAAAGAAAUUACGACAGAAAGGAUUAAGCCUAACUGAGAUAGCAGACUUGAUACCAUGGAGGGAUCAUUGGAUGCAAGCUAUUUAUUAUUUACCUGUAGAAACAUCAGUUGUAGCUAAUCAAGAAGUUAGUCUGAUUGGUUAUCAUGAUGAAUAUUCUUUAUGGUUUCAAUUGAUAAACGAAUCAGUUAAUAUAGUACCAGAUUGUGAAAGGCCAGUCUGCACUUGUGGUAUUCAUGUAGCUUAUUCGAGAACACGUAUAGGACAACUAAAUGAUCAAAAACGAAAUGAGAAAUACAUUAAGGCACUGGCGAAGAAGGUUACUUCAGAUACAAUUUGCUUAUGUUUGUCAGAUGGUUGUUUAUUAAGUCUUGUUGCUGUUAAAUUAGGAGCAAAGAAAGUAUUUAUUUUAGAGACAAAUUUUUUAUCCAGAAAAAGUAUAGACAUGUUCAUCGACUCCAAUGGACUAUCAGAAAAAAUAGAAAUUAUUGAAUCAAUAAAUGAUUUGCCUUCAGAAAAUGACAUUAAUUUAAUUUUUGGUGAACCAUACUUUCUUACAUCAAUUGUGCCAUGGGAAAAUCUUUACUUUUGGUAUCUUAGUUCAAAAUAUUCACCUCAAGUACAAAGAAUACCGAUUGGAGCAACAAUAUGUGGUGUUGCUGUUGAAUUUAAAGAUCUGCAUAAAAUACGGGCUCCGCUUGGAGUUUGCGAAGGUUUCGACUUAUCGCUCUUUGAUGAGCUCGUUCAGGAAUCAAGCGAAAAGAGUGAUAGUCCAGUUGAAGCUCAACCAUUAUGGGAGUAUCCUGCUAAAGCAUUAAGUUUGCCUUUUGUUCUUCAACACUUUGAUGUAACACAAAAUAUCAAUGAAUGCAAAAAUAUACAUGUUUUUGAUACCAUUCCUAUUUUAGAGAGUGGAUUGUGUAAUGGUGUGGCUCUAUGGAUAGAUUGGCAUUUAGAUUCUGAGAUUACAGUAUCAUCAGGACCAAAAAGGGAAAUAGAGCCCGGUAAACGAAUAUCAUGGGAUCCAUUUACAAGACAAGGUGUAUAUUUAUUCAGACACAUAACAAAUGUUACACAACAAAGCGUUCUUCAAUGGUCGUUUGACUUUGUACCGCAACAUGGAAAUAUUAAAUUUGAUUUUCAUAUAUUGUCAAAAACUUUGAAAUAACCUGACGCAAUAUUUAUAAAAAUAUG